AUGCAACGGAGACAGGACCACGAUGGCGAGUAUGAAUUAUUGGAAGAGAUCGGUCGUGGGUCGUUUGGGUCGGUGCGAAAGGUGGUACACUUACCCACCAAGACAUUGAUGGUUCGUAAAGAGAUCAAGUAUGGCCACAUGAACCAGAAGGAAAGACAACAGUUGAUUGCUGAAUGUCGAAUCCUUUCGCAAUUAAACCAUGAGAAUAUUGUUAAGUUUCACUCGUGGGAUUUUGAUGAGCAGGGACAGGUAUUGUACCUAUAUAUGGAGUACUGUUCGAAAGGAGAUUUACAGAAACUAAUUGCUCACUACAAAGAAGAACAUAAAUAUAUGCCUGAACAAACCAUUUGGGCUAUUUUAGCACAGUUAUUGAUGGCAUUGUAUCGUUGUCACUAUGGAGAAGAUCCUACCCAAUUAGUUACUAUCUAUGAUCGGAUGCGUCCGCCUAGUAAUCACCCUCGUAAUGUAGUAAUCCACAGAGAUUUAAAACCGGGGAAUGUGUUCUUGACCAGCAGUGGUAAUAGUACAUCUGUUGGAACUGUAAAAUUGGGUGAUUUUGGACUUGCUAAGGCACUUGGGAACUCAACACAGUUUGCUACUACUUACGUCGGAACACCUUACUACAUGUCGCCUGAGGUAUUAAUGGACCAACCAUACUCUCCACUUAGUGAUGUGUGGUCUCUAGGUUGUAUUGUAUACGAGAUGUGUACAUUACGCCCACCCUUUCAAGCUAAGAAUUACGUUGAAUUACAAAAUAAGAUCAAAAUGGGUAAAGUCGAUAGCGAGUUACCGGACUACUAUUCAGCCGGUCUAGCCAGUAUCGUAAAGAGUAUGAUCCGAACGGACUUAACAGAGAGAGCAUCGAUAUUCGAGUUGUUACAGGAUAUCCAGGUACGAACAUCACGUAAGGCUUUACAAUUAGAAAAGUUUGAGCGUAACUUACUCGAUUAUGAACAAGAAUUGCGCAACAUCGAAAAAAUCUUGGAGAAGCAAGCCCUUGAGCUUGAUCAACAGACAACAAACCGCAAAGGUAUACCACCAUCAACACAGACAUACCGUUGGCAUACUCAUUACAAGUAG